CCGAGAUGGAAGAGCUACGUCGUUGCAUAGUGCUGUGCCAGGCCUGUCUCCAGACUGUUCUCUCCAGCGUGGAGAAGAAGCCGUUGCUUUUUCUGGACACCCCAGAACCUCUCGUCCAGGCCUUGAAGUUGCUCAGAAUCUCCACUGUCAAAGUCGCCAUUCUUUUCAAAUUGCCCUUUAAUCAAGAUGAUAACUUGCUUCCUGCCUUGAAGGAAAUCACUGCUCUUUCUGAGUUGGCAAACGCAAAUGUCUUGCCUCUUGUAUCUCAAAUAUAUUUUGAGCCACACAACUACAGCCAUCUUGCGCUUUCCAGGCUUUUCACCGCCAAAAUUUUAUCUGGUUUAUUUGCUCUUUUUUCCUCCAUUUCUAGAUUGAUGGAUGAGUUUUUAUCCAUCUUGUCCCUCAUUGACCAGCAUCCACAAAAAAAUUCUCAAAAUCAAAAUCUUUCUAAUAACCGAUUAAUUUCAUCUGCAAAUGUUUUAAAUAACAUUGAUUCUUUAAUCAAAACCCUUGAAGAUGGUGAAACAAUCUUGUUUUCACUGACUUUAUCUUCUUCUUUAAAUAUGAUUAAUGACGCAAUAGACGACUAUGAUGAAUGGACUCAAAAUCCACAGCAAUUAGAUGAUCCCUUUGGCUUACAAUCUAAUAUCCAUGUUGACCACAAAAAUCUCAAUCAGUUGGUUGAAUUGAGUGCAAAAAUCUAUAUUCCAAAGGUAAAAUUAAUUAAAUUAUUGUUAUCAUUAUCAAUUAAAAAAUUAUUGUCAACACCUCUUUUCAAACAAAUAAGUGAUGACUUAUUUUUCAAAAUAAACCAAUUAAAUCUCUUGAUUGACGAUUUAGUUUCCUCAAUAUUGAUGAACAACGAUAUUCUCUACAUCCAAAAUAAUCCCAUGAAACAAAUUGAUUCAACUAUAAUCCUCCUAAUAGAUGAUUUGAAAAAAACAUAUAAAGAUGAUCCAAAUAAGUUGAAAUGGUUUGAUAAUUGGUUAUCUAAAUAUUCUGCUCUUUAAUAAUAGUAUUAGCAGUAGUAGUAGUAGUAGUAGUAGUAGUUGUUGUUGUUGUUGUUGUUGUUGUUGUUUUCCUUUAUAUAAUUUUAUAAUUUUAUAUUUUUAUCUAAUCUCCAUUUAUAUAGAGAUUAAUUGACAAUACAUCAUCACAAAAUUUAAAUUAUCC